GAAAUGUCUAAAAAACAUUUUUUUCUAUGUCAUUAUGGGGUAUUGUGUGUAGAUUGAUGAGGGGAAAAACAAUGUAAUAAUUUUUCAAAUAAGCUUGUAACCUAACAAAAUUAGGAAAAAGUCAAGGGGUCUGAAUACUUUCCGAAGGCACUGUACGUUUGGGAAAUAAGUAUAGAAGGACCAGCAGAGAAACUGAGUUAGAUAUCAACUAACUUAUUACACAAUUGAGACCCAUGUCUGUUACUUCACAACACUAACAGGAAGUUGCAUAUCUUUAUUUUGGCAGGAAAAUAUACCAUCCGUCAGACCAAGGGCAGAUAGUUCCUUAAUCACUGACUACGUUGUUGUCCCAAAGGUUUUUGUAAACGAAUGUAUACCCAUGCCAACAAAAAUGAUAUCCUGUGGAGCUAUAUAAAAACACAUACAUAUACAAGUUGAAAACAGCAAAAAGAUUUGUGUGGCCAUACUAAACAAUUACCAAAUGCAAUACCUACAAACAGCUCUCAGGUAGAACACCUUUCUGCCUGCCCUCUCACUCCUCUGUCACUCUCUCUAUCUUAUACUCACUCUCUCACCCUCUAUCUCUCUGUCUCUUUCUCUGUCUCUCUCUCAUUCCUACCUUCCCUCCAACCUCAUUCUCCCAUCUUACCUCCUCUCCACUAUAAGGCUCAAUGAUCAACCCAGUUGGCGUAAAUAGUAACUAUUUCAGGGACAGGGGCGGGUUGGUCGUGGGGAUAAAUGACCGUCUGCUCUCCUGUUCCAGUCAGCAUCCCAGGGAGCCUCAAACAGAGAGAUGAGAGAAGCACUCAAAAACCUGGUGCGGUACUGGAGGCUUUACCUGUUGACGUUGGUAUUGGGAAUUGGGGGAUCAUUUCAAUUGGGGAUGCAAGUUUCCAUCAUGGCUUCUCCAGCUGAGCACAUCCAGAGCUUUGUGAACCAGACCUGGCUGAGGAGGUAUGAGGUUCCAGUAAGCGAUUCAACCAACAUGCUCAUCUGGUCUUUCAUAGUGUCUGUGUUCAGCCUGGGAGGAUGGGUCGGGGCUAUACACAGUGGCAGCCUCCCUGUCACCUACGGCAGGAAGAAAGUCCUGCUGUUCAACAACAUAGUGGCCCUCGUAGCCGCUGUACUGAUGGUCUUCAGUCCCAUGGCCAAGUCCUUUGAGAUGAUCCUGCUGGGCAGAUUCCUCUAUGGAUAUAAUGCUGGCCUGGGGUGGAACGUGCAACUGAUGUAUCUGGGCGAGAGUUCACCCAAGAAGCUGAGAGGAUUCCUGACCAUCACCAUCACCAUCUUCAGUAGCCUGGGGAAAGUCACGGGUCAGAUUGUUGGAAUCAAGGAGCUGAUGGGUACCGAAGCCAUGUGGCCCUGGCUCAUGGCCCUUGGUGGCCUCCCUGCCAUCCUCCAAUUUGUGACCUUGUUGUUCUUCCCUGAGGCUCCCCGCUACCUAUACAUCGACAAGGGAGACACUGAGGGCUGCAGAAAAGCCCUGCACUGGCUGUGGCAGGAGCAUGACCUGCAGAUGGAGAUGGAUGAAAUGGGGAAGGAGAGAGCGAGCAUGCAGGGCCAGAAUGUUAAGACCAUUUGGGAUGUGCUGACUUCUCGCUGUGUCAGGUGGCAGCUGCUGGUUCUGGUCAUCCCCUGUGCCGGCGUUCAGUUCUGUGGGUUUAACGCGAUUUAUUUCUACGCUUUUGACAUCUUCGGUGAAGCUGGAGUAGCAGAGGACAAGAUGCAUUACCUGUCCAUUGGUAUCGGAACAACAGAUCUCAUCACCAUCACUCUCUGUUCUCUGUUGAUCGACCGUGCGGGCAGGAAGAUGCUGAUGGGCUAUGGCUACCUGUUGAUGGGAGUCAUCAUGUCCAUCCUGAUUGUUAUGCUGUCUAUCAAGGACCUGUACUCAUGGGUCCCGUAUGCUAACAUCGCCCUCAUCUUCUCUGUCAUCUGCGUUUAUGGACUAGGACCUUCUGGAAUAGCCAGCAUCCUCCCUGCAGAUAUCUUCCUGCAGGCCUGGAGACCGUCCGCUUACGUCAUUAGCGGCUCCAUCAACUGGUUAAGCCUGUUCUUGAUUGGAAUGUUCUUCCCCUUCCUAGUGGAUGGACUGGGCCAGUUCUGCUUCCUGAUCUUUGUAGCAUACUGCCUCUUCAGCGCAGUGUUUGUACUCUACUUCAUCCCAGAGACCAAAGGCAAGGGCAUGGUGGAGAUCAUGGAUGACUUUAACAAACUCAACUACAAGAACAGGGGAACAGAGACCGAAAAGGCUGACUUUGUUAUGGCAACGAAAUUUUAAAGAAAUGUAUUGAGUGGCUUGAGCGAUAUUGGUACACUCUUAGAAAAAAAGGG